AUGCACAGCUGGAGGAAUGCCACCAACAGACUCUUGGGGGAGGGACCAAGUAUUCUGGACACUGUCAAGCUCUUCUCAUUGAUGGAUAUGAAGCCUCCUAUUUCUCGUGCGAAAAUGAUUCUCAUUACUAAAGCUGCCAUUAAAGCUAUUAAGCUUUACAAGCAUGUUGUCCAGAUUGUAGAGAAGUUUAUAAAAAAGUGUAAGCCAGAGUAUAAAGUCCCUGGAUUGUAUGUUAUUGACUCUAUUGUUCGUCAGUCUCGUCAUCAAUUUGGAACAGAUAAGGAUGUUUUCGGGCCAAGAUUCUGUAAAAAUAUAAUGGCGACAUUCCAGUAUUUAUAUCUCUGUCCAUCAGAAGACAAGAGUAAGAUAGUUCGGGUCCUCAACUUAUGGCAGAAAAAUGGAGUUUUUAAAAUAGAAAUAAUUCAGCCUCUCCUAGACAUGGCAGCAGGAACUAGCAGUGCAGCUUCAAUGACAGAAGAUACUGCUAAUAACGAAGGUUCCCCACCUGCUGCCACAACAAUUCCAUCUGAGCCUCUCCAAGUUGCUUCUAAUUCAGUACCUACUGUGUCACAGUUGCCCAGUUCUGAUGCCUUUGCAGCUGUAGCUCAGUUAUUUCAGACAACACAAGGACAGCAGCUCCAACAGAUUCUUCAGACUUUUCAGCAGCCUCCAAAACCCCAGUCUCCUGUGAUAGAUAACAACAUGAUGGCUCAGGUGCAAGCAAUUACUGCACAGUUGCAGACUACAACAACACAACCAUCAGAACAAAAGCAUGAUUUUCCAGCACCAGAGCAAAAGACAUCUUUUGAUAAGAAGCUGUUGGAUCGAUUUGACUAUGAUGAUGAGCCAGAAGCAGUGGAUGAGUCAAAGAAAGAGGAUUCAUCACCUUCUCCUUCAGUUUCUCAGCAAGCAUUUGGAUUUCCAGGAGAAGGCAUGCAGCAACCAGUUUAUCCACAACUCCCAAAUAUGGAUCAGUUCCAGCAUCAGAUGCUGGGAAUGCAGCAAGAUCCUAUGCACCACCAGGUCCCACUCCCUCCAAAUGGUCAAAUGCCAAGUUAUGGCCUUCUUCCUACGCCACAGUUUCCUCCCAUGGCUCAGCCUGUGUUACAGACUUCACCCCAAGUGCAGCCAUCUUUCCAACCUUCUUUUACAGCGCAAAGUGAAUCCCAUAUACAGAAAGCACAUCAGCAGGAAAUGGAAGUGGAUCAACCUCCUGUUCAAGAAGUAAAGAGGCAUGAGAGCAGGAAGUCAAGGUCUAGAUCUGCAUCAAGGUCACCCAAAAGGAGAAGAUCACGGUCGGGUUCUCGUACUCGAAGAUCACGCCAUCGUCGUUCUCGUUCCCGAUCUCGGGACAGGCGCCGCCAUUCUCCUAGAUCUCGAUCCCAGGAAAGGCGUGAAAGAGAGCGCAGAGCAAAAGGCCUACCUCCAAUCAAACCAGAGACUGUUAGUGUUUGCAGUACUACACUGUGGGUAGGACAGCUGGACAAACGAACAUCACAGCAGGAUGUUGGCGGUCUUCUAGAAGAGUUUGGCCCAAUUGAAUCUAUAAAUAUGAUACCACCAAGAGGAUGUGCCUAUAUUGUAAUGGUGCAGAGGCAAGAUGCUUAUCGUGCCCUGCAAAAACUCAGCCGUGGAAGCUUUAAAGUCAAUCAGAAAUCUAUAAAGAUUGCAUGGGCUUUAAAUAAAGGAAUUAAACCAGACUAUAAGCAGUAUUGGGAUGUAGAAUUAGGUGUUACAUACAUACCAUGGAGCAAAGUUAAGCCUGAAGACCUGGAAAGUUCUUGGGAAGGAGGAAUGUUGGACAAUGAUACACUUAGUCCUGAAUGGAAAGGAAUUCCAAAAAAAUCAGAAAAUCAAGUAGCCCAGAAUGGAGGAGCUGUAAGUGAAGCUACUCACAUUGAACAAACAUCACCUGUAGCUAAAACUUUAUCCAUUCAAAUGCCUGUUCCCAUACCUGCUCCAAUAACAGUGCCUCCACCACAGGUUCCACCACAUCAGCCUGGUCCUCCAAUGGUUGGUACGCUUCAGCCACCAACAUUUACCCCUCCCUUAGGAAUUCCACCUCCUGGAUUUGGUCCUGGAGUUCCUCCACCACCAUUUUUACGUCCUGGCUUCAAUCCAAUGCAUUUACCUCCAGGAUUUUUGCCUCCUGGACCACCCCCGCCUAUUAAUCCUCCAGUCUCAGUUCCUCCAGUCUCAGUUCCUCCUUCUCCAGUAGCAAAUAUCCCAAAUUCUACUAUGGCCAAUAUAAAUGAGGACAUUACAAAAGACUCUUCACUGGGAAAUCCAAUUCCAACAGUAGUUUCUGGAUCUAGGGCAAAUGCUGAAAAUGCAGAUAGUUCCAAAGGAUAUCCAAAUGCUCCUCCGCCUGCAACUUCUACUAGCAUACCAGCUCCUGUCACCCAACCUGUCCCACUCCUUGGUACUCAAGGAGUUACACCUCCUAGUCCAGUGACUGGGCUGCAGACACCUUCUACUGGCCUUCUUGGUGCACGGCCUGGUUUGAUACCACUCCAUCGACCUCCAGGAAUGCCACCACCUCACCUGCAGAGAUUUCCAAUGAUGCCACCUCGGCAUAUGCCUCCCCAUAUGAUGCACAGAGGUCCACCUCCAGGCCCAGGACGCUUUGGGAUGCCUCCACCUCAUGGGAUGAAGGGACCUUUCCCACCACCCGGUCACUUUGUGAGGCCUGGAGGGGGCCCUGAUGAUAAUAGAGAUGGAAGGCAAUUUAGGAAUGAUAGGCAGCCGUUCAAUCCAAACAGAGACCAGGAAAGAUUUGGAAGGAGAUCUUUUGGAAAUCGAAUAGAAAAUGAGCGUGAGCGCUAUGGUAACCGCAAUGAUGAUAGAGAACAUGAGCGACUUGGUAAUCGUGAAAGGAGAGAAUGGGGAAGAAGAAGCCCUGAACGUGAUAGACACAGAGACUUGGAGGAAAGAAAUAGGCGUUUCAGUGGACACCGAGAGAGAGAUUCUAGGGAUAGGGAGUCUCACAGAGAAAAAGACGAAAAUCGAGGAAAGGAGAAACCUGAGUUGACAGACAAGGUAGAUGGUGUCAAAAACCAUGAAUCCCAGAGCGGCAAAGUGGAAAACACAGACACUGUUUCAGAACUUAAAGGGGAGUCAGAACUCACAGGUGCAAAGCCUGCUGAGUUAACAUCCGAGGCUACCUCAUCUCUCGAACAACCUGAAAAGUCUGCUGGUUCAGUUACAGAGACACCUCGCUAGAGACUGGAUUUUUUGUCAAAAAAAAGUGACAUUGGGAGUGUAGAGCUUUAGAGUUGUACAGUAUGCUGUAUAUUUUGCUUCUGCUAUAUCACAACUCCAUAGUUUAUGGGGCUAUGUAAGCAAUUUAAUUGCGCUCCUAUUUAAAAAGUUACAAAAUAACACAAAAAAAUGAAUAAACCAUUACCCAUUUUUGCUGUAACUUUUUUAAAGUUUUGACUUUAAAAAGUUUACAAGUCAGAAUUAGAAGUGCUUUCUAUUUUUUUUAAUUUAAGUGAAGGUAACGGUGAAAGCUCCUCAAGACAAAUAGGGAUGUGUUUUUAAUAAACUCUAUUUUCGUAACAAACUUUAAUGUGUGCUAUUCUUCCUACACUGCACUGAAGUGGUAAAGGAUUGUUCAACAUCUUAAAAAGUUUGAACUGUUAAUGCUGUAUUGGAGUCUAAAUUAGACUUUGUUUAAAUUUGUUAAACAUGUUUGUAUAAAAGUUCACAGAAGCUAAAUAUUUGUAGUAGUUACAUUGAUUCUUAAUUUCUGCAUUUUAAUUAUCUACAUGACUAUAUUAGAUUAAAAAUUAGUAGCUUUAAAUGUUGUUUUAAGACAAAUUUUAGUGUUUGCAGUGGAACCAACUUUUUAUUUUUACUUUUGUUUUCCACAGUCCAAUUGAUGCUAUGGUAAAAUGUUGCCCUAAAAACAAAUUUCUGGAUAAAGUGACACCUUAGAAAACACAUCAGCAUAUUUUUGUAAUUGAAUCCAUCAGUGUAUUUAAGGGAGGCAAGGUAAAAAAAAACCCAUCAAGUUACCACUGUAUUCUAACAUAUGUCAUGGGUAGAAUAUUUGAAAGCAGAUUUUUAAUAAGUCUUCAAAUACUGUCUGUUUUACCAAUAAUUUGACUACUUCAUAACCUAGUCAUACCAUCUGUCCAAUUACUUUUAACUGAAGAAACAAAUACUGAAUAUAUUAGCUCCUAUACAGCAAUUUUUAAAAUGCAGGCAGUACUAACAUGGCAGCAAGCAUGAAGAACUGUACACUUGCUGUUUCCGUAAUUAACCCCAUGCAUAAGGUGAGACCCUGACUCCAUUUGCUGCAAUGAACAGUUAAAGCUCUUACGCUUUGAAAAAUAGCUUCCAAGUUUGAUUUUCUGUAUGUUUUCUGUUCAGGCUAGAUGUGGUAAGUUCUGGUGCUGCUCCCAUUUAGGGUGAAAAACAACAACACAUGGAUGUUUCCCUUGUUCAAAGGUGGGAUUUAAGGAAGAAACCUUUUUCUUGCAACAGUAGAAUAAAAAAACUUCAUAUACUUGUGAAAUCAA